AUGCUGAACAGCUGUCAGACUGCCAGGUUGGGAGCGCCUGUUGAUUUGAUGAACGCCCAGUUGCAGAGCGAGACCGGUUCAGACGGCCUGGGAAGGACUGGAGGGGCGAAAGACUAUUUCGCAGGAGAAGAUACAGACCCGGAAACAGGAGACACACCCUCGGAGACCGAGGCGACGGUUCAAGAGCAUGGGGACCAAGUCUCGGAAGAAGGUCUGGUGAAUCAGGGGGAAGAUCGAUCGGUUUGGGGGGAAGGCGAGAGUGUUCUGGGAGAAGGGGACACAGUCUCGAAGGACCUAGGGAAAAGAGUUACGGGAAAAGGGCGAUCUCAGAAGAAGGAGGAAUGGGCCCUCCGUGCUCCGAUGAACAGCUUAUCACGACACGUCUUGUUCCCCAGGGUAUAUCACGUCAUCCAAAUUCCGUCGUAG